AUGGAAGAUUCGAACCCCGAAUUAGAAACAUUUCGCAAGCAAUGGCAGGAAGAAGUGACUAGAAGGGCAAACGUUGCCCAGUCACAGUCACUCCCAGGUCAAAACAUUCAGGUGGCUGGCCCUUCUAAUUUAUCACCAAGCCCUCCACGGCCAAAAAAUACAUAUGAUGCUUCUAAAACCACUGACGAGGACGAUGCUGUUGAAACUCAACCACUGCACUUCGAUAGCCCAAGUGGCGCCCCUGGAGGAGUGGAAGAUGAUGGAAUUCACAGACACGGUAAGAAAAAUGGCAUCAGUGAGCCACAAACAGCUUUGGAACAUUAUGAAAAGGCGGUAGAGAGGGAAGUUCAAGGUAGUUUGGGAGACAGUCUUGAUCUCUACCGCAAAGCAUUUCGACUUGACGAUCAAGUUGAUCGAAAAUAUAAGAACAAACAUUUCCCACCAUCUGCCUUCCCGCCGAAACCUAAAAACGUCAACCCAUCCAAUGCCUCUGCCACAGUACCUAAUACUGCACACCACUCACUAGAUGGGCCCCCACCGACUUUCAAACAGUUGAUAGAAAGCUUCUCAGAUUUAUCAAUUGAACCCGAACCACCUGAAAUUGAGGGGACUCCGGCUCCCCCAUGUCCCAUUGCAGACUUACCCGAUGAAAUCCUCAUACAAAUAUUCAAGCAAGUGGCAAUUCGGGACGUGGCAGAUUUCACACGACUCUCACAAGUAUGCAAACGCAUGGCAUAUCUUGUAGCUACGGGAGAACAAAUCUGGAAAAGGGUCUGCAUCGGGUCAGAGGUCGGCUUUGGGGCAAUGCAUUAUCAAUGGCAAACAGACGUCAUGGGAGAGUCCCUUGAUAUGGAGCCUCAACUGCUCAUACCCUCAGCAGACUCGGAUGAGAAACCCACCCCUUUGAUGCCCCUAAGUGCUGAUACCAUAACUCACUCUGUCCUCCAAUCAACCUAUUCAUCAUCAUGGAAACAAAUGUUCCGCCUCCGUCCACGCAUCCGUUACAAUGGCUGCUACAUAAGCACUGUAAAUUAUAUUCGAGCCGGGCAAGCCUCCCCUUCAGCAGUGAACUGGAAUUCCCCAGUCCACAUUGUGACAUACUUCCGCUACCUCCGUUUCUUUCGCGAUGGCACGGUAAUCUCCCUUCUAACCACUACCGAACCUAGCGAAGUCAUUCACCACUUAACUAAAGAUCUUCUGGAAUACCACAGGAAGAACAAAUCUUCCCAUCUCCCAUCCUCAGUGAUGGGCGACGCUCGCCGCGGCCGCUGGCGCCUGUCCUGCCUCAACGAUUCCCCUCCCCCAGAUUCCGAUCUAGAUCCCUCUUCAAAAGCUGGAGGAUCAGAGGGUACGUUGUAUGUGGAAACAGAAGGGGUUGAUGAAAAAUAUGUGUAUAGAAUGGAGUGGAAGAUGACUAGUGCAGGGAGAACAGUCAGAAACAACAAAUUGGCAUGGAAUGGAUUCUGGAAUUAUAACAAGUUGACAGAUGAUUGGGGGGAGUUUAUAUUGAGGAAUGAUAAAGCUUUCUUCUGGAGCAGGGUGAAGAGUUAUGGGGCGGGUGGAUGA